AUGCCGUCAACCGCAGGAGGGCCUCAGACUCUCUACGACAAGAUCCUCGCUGAUCACAUUGUCGAUGAGAAGUUGGAUGGCACCAUUCUUUUGUACAUUGACAGACAUCUUGUCCACGAAGUCACAUCACCUCAAGCUUUUGAAGGCCUGAAGAACGCAGGCAGACAAGUCAGAAGACCUGACUGCACUCUUGCCACAACCGAUCACAAUGUCCCCACCAAGUCCCGAAAGGGCAUGAAGGAUAUUGCCACUUUUGUCGAGGAAGAGGACUCUCGUCUCCAGUGCAUGACCCUUGAGGAGAACGUGAGAGACUUUGGCAUCACAUACUUUGGCCUUGGCGACAAGCGUCAGGGUAUCGUCCACGUUAUUGGACCCGAGCAGGGCUUCACUCUGCCCGGCACCACCCUCGUUUGCGGUGACUCUCACACGUCGACACACGGCGCUUUCGGCUGUCUCGCCCACGGUAUCGGAACGAGUGAGGUCGAGCACGUCUUGGCUACACAAUGUCUCAUUACCAAGAGAAACAAGAACAUGAGGAUAGAGGUUAAUGGCGAGCUUGCCCCCGGUGUCAGCUCCAAGGAUGUUGUCCUCCACGCCAUUGGAUUGAUCGGAACUGCUGGUGGUACUGGAUGUGUCAUUGAGUUCUGCGGUUCUGUCAUUCGCGGCUUGAGUAUGGAAGCUCGCAUGUCCAUCUGCAACAUGUCCAUUGAGGCUGGUGCCAGAGCUGGUCUGGUCGCACCCGAUGAGGUCACCUUUGAAUACCUCAAGGGCAAGCCUCUUGCCCCUGCAUACCCCUCUGCUGAGUGGGACCGUGCCAUUACCUACUGGAAGGGUCUCCAGUCCGACGAAAAUGCCAAGUACGACAUUGAUGUCCAGAUCGAUGCUGUCGACAUUAUCCCUACCGUGACCUGGGGCACCAGCCCCGAGGACGUUGUUCCCAUCACUGGUGUUGUGCCCGACCCCGAGACCUUUGACACUGAGGCCAAGAAGAACACUGGCCGAAGAAUGUUGGAGUACAUGGGCCUCACCGCCGGAACAAGAAUGCAGGACAUUCCCAUUGACAAGGUCUUUAUCGGUUCAUGCACAAACUCCCGAAUUGAGGAUCUCCGGGCUGCUGCUGCUGUUGUGAAGGGCAAGAAGAAGGCCGACAACGUCAAGGCCGCCAUGAUUGUCCCUGGAUCUGGAUUGGUCAAGGAACAGGCCGAGGCCGAGGGUCUCGACAAGAUCUUCACCGACGCUGGUUUCGAGUGGAGAGAAGCGGGUUGCAGUAUGUGCCUGGGAAUGAACCCCGAUAUUCUGUCGCCUCGUGAGCGAUGCGCCAGUACCAGCAACCGAAACUUUGAGGGUCGCCAGGGUGCUCAGGGCCGAACGCACUUGAUGUCUCCUGUCAUGGCAGCCGCCGCUGGUAUUGUUGGCAAGCUUACAGAUGUCCGCGCUCUGACCGAGUACAAGACCAGCCCGCACAUUGAGGCUUUCAAGCCCAACUCGCCCUCGUCGAAACCUCACGUUGACGAAAGCGUUGAGAUUGACGAGACUGCAAAGGAGAAGAUUGGUGACCAGCCCGAGGACACCACCAGCACAAACCACGUCGUUGAUGAGGCCAAGGGUAGCCAAGGCCUCCCCAAGUUCCUGGUUCACAAGGGUAUUGCAGCACCCCUGCACCGAUCCAAUGUCGACACCGACGCCAUCAUCCCCAAGCAGUUCUUGAAGACUAUCAAGCGUACUGGUCUUGGAUCUGCUGCUUUCCACGGCUGGAGAUACCUGGAGGACGGCACUCCCGACCCCAGCUUCGUCCUGAACCAGGAGCCCUUCACCCAAGCCAAGACUCUGGUCUGCACUGGACCCAACUUUGGCUGUGGCUCGUCCCGUGAGCACGCCCCUUGGGCUCUUCUCGACUUUGGCAUCAAGUGUGUCAUUGCACCCUCGUUUGCCGACAUCUUCUUCAACAACACCUUCAAGAACGGUAUGCUGCCAGUCAUAAUCCCCAACAAGGAUGACAUGGACAAGAUUGCCAAGGAGGCCGACACCGGCAGGGAGAUUGAGGUUGACCUGCCCAACCAGGUCAUCCGUGACGCUGACGGCAACGACAUCUGCCAGUUUGAUGUUGAGGAGUUCCGCAAGCACUGCUUGGUCAACGGCCUGGACGAUAUUGGUCUGACCAUGCAGCUCGAGGACAAGAUCAUUGACUACGAGCAGAAGGCCACUGCCCGCACUCCGUGGGUUGAUGGUCGUGCCUACUUGAAGAGGAAGGGCCAGGGUGGUAAGCUGGCUGCCAAGGCCGCACCUGUGCCCAAGACGAAUCGUGGUGAGGAGAUCAAGAACCCCAUUGACUGGUAA